UGUUCCCCUUCGCUCACACCUCCUCAGCUAGUCCAAAACACACGUGCUCCAGGAGAGGCAUGGAGAGCGGCGGAGGAAUGGCGGCGGCGGCGGCGGCGGAGGUCAAGGACAAGAACAAGGGCGCCGCCGGCGAGGUGGGGGCGGAGGCGGCGAGGUUCCGGCGGGUGUGCGUGUUCUGCGGGAGCAGCUCGGGCAAGCGGAGCAGCUACCGGGACGCCGCCGUCGAGCUCGGCAAGGAGCUGGUGGCUCGGAAGAUGGAUCUGGUGUACGGAGGCGGCAGCCUGGGGCUCAUGGGGGAGGUCUCCGACGCCGUGCACAAGGCCGGAGGCCACGUCAUCGGCGUCAUACCCACCACUCUCAUGGGCAAGGAGAUCACGGGAGAGACUGUGGGCGAGGUGCGUGCGGUGUCGGGGAUGCACCAGCGGAAGGCGGAGAUGGCGCGCAGCUCCGACGCCUUCAUCGCGCUCCCCGGCGGCUACGGCACCCUCGACGAGCUGCUCGAGGUCAUCGCAUGGGCGCAGCUCGGCAUCCACACCAAACCAGUCGGGUUGCUGAACGUGGACGGCUACUACAACUUCCUGCUGGCCUUCAUCGACAAGGCGGUGGACGACGGCUUCAUCAAGCCCUCCCAGCGGCACAUCUUCGUCAGCGCGCCCGACGCCAGGGACCUCGUCCGGAAGCUCGAGGAGUACGUGGCGGUGGAGGAGGAAGACCCCGCGACGCCCAAGCUGCGGUGGGAGAUCGAGCAGGUCGGCUACAACGAUCGCCUCACACCGGCCCUGCAGGCAGAGAUCGCCCGUUAGUUAACUUGGCUGGCUAGAGCUAGCUAGCUAAUGCUGCAUGCCCUGCUAAUUAAUUACCCCUACUAAUUAAGUACUCCUAGUGCUACAGUUUAGUACUAGUGGGUACUGCAGGGUCGAGAUGAGAUCGAUACGGUUAGUAGGCAGCUAGCUAGCGAGGAAUGUUCUUCUGGUGCUUAAUUUGCUCACUCCAUCGAUCGAUCUCCUGGCGCCAUGCAUGCAUGGCUGUAGACCUGUGUUAAUUUAAUUAGUUAGUUCGAGAACCUCACCUGUUUUGUUGCGCACUAGCUAUAAGAGCAUCUGCUUAGUUUACGUACGCCUAGCUUAAUUAAUUUGUGUUCACUUAGUUAAUUAGCAUGUUUGUUUGAACAAGAAAGAAAGAUCAUAUGUGUGUGGUUCCGUUUC